CGCCUUGCGCCUGUUGUAGAAGCAACUAGGCUGCUUACUUCAACUCUUUCUCUGCUGUCUUUUUUUCUUCCCUCUGCCCUCUUUUCUUCUCUUCUUCACUUCUUUUUUUCACUUCAACUUUCCUCACUCAUUACAUCCUAUCUACUAUUUCAAGACAUGAUUCUGUGUCUUGUCUACCAUACCUAGAUCAGUGAAGUCUACUGCUCCUUCCAAGCUACGCAGCUGCAAACAAUAUCUCUUUUUGCCCAGCAGCCUCGUUUGUUCUACUUACCUACAUCCUAUCUAUUACUCAACCUCGAUCCUUGUCCAUAUACCAAUCAUGGAUAGAAAAAAUCACGGGUCGACCCCCAACUUGUGUCACCAAUUUUUACGCUUGGGAAAAUGCAGAUUUGGUGCGAAAUGCAAGUAUUUACAUGUCGCUUCGUCAUCUUCGUCGGCCCCAUCAGCCUCGUCAGUUUCACUUGAGACGCAAACACCGCGCAAUCACCGCCAGGAAGCCCGAGGUCCAGUCCAAGAUCGCCUUCGCGAAUGGAAAAGGCUACUCAAUCAACCUCCUUCAAGCUCUCGUACUACUUAUUCGUCUAUUCCUGCAAAUCAAAAAACAUGUGACGCAUUUUUCACGCUUGCUCUUGCGUUGAUAGGAGGAGGAGACAUUGGAGCUUCCCAGGAAACAGUCAAGUCAAUGGCCCAAGAUCCUGGCCUAGAAUUUAUCAAGAACCUCGUUGAUCAACAAAUCCCCCUGGCUGUAAAUGACUUGACCAAAGCACAUCUAUGGAAGGACCAGAUACAGCCCUUAUUUCAAAUCCUCACCCACCCUUGUGUUGUUGACUCUAAUGUGCUUGAACAACAAGUUGCUAUCAUUUGCAACUUCAUCCAGGGGAUUGGCGGAAGGCGGAUGGGCAUAUUAUAUGACUUUAUCCUGGACCUUCUCAACUCCUGGUCUCGCUUGCCUAUGGCUGGAGACGACAAGUACGGAAUAUCGACGUGUGAACUUUCACUUUCAGUCCUGGCCACUAUGAUCGACUGCAACACAAGCAACAUCGUCAAUGAUAACUUUGCCAGAGUUGUCAAGCGUUUUGAUACUCCUAUCCAAGCUGCCAGUCGUUCUGACAACGAAUAUUCCAAAUUACAAGCUCAGAAGCACCUGCAGUACCUUCACCAACGUCUCGGAGUUGGCAGCACACUCUCUGAAACUAAGGCAGCAAAGAAAACUCCUGUGACGCGAGCUGAGUUUAUCAUGCGCAAAGAUUUACCAGGCCGACUUUCGGCAGACGGUCCAAGACACGAUAACGAUCACGCUGACAUAUGUGACAUUAGAAUUCUCCCUACACAAGAAGAAAUUACGUCCGUACGUAAUGAAUAUUUACCCACUACCGAUACCUCCUCAUUUCACAUACCUGGAAUUCGAGGGCGCCUUGACAGAGAGUUCCGCCUGCUGCGGGAAGAUACCGUAGGCCAACUUCGAGAUGCAGUCAGCACUCAACUUAAGUCAAUGAGCGAUCCAAAAUACAAACAGGACCGUAGCAAUGGAAACGCUAUUCGUACCUACGCAUACGGGCAAGCAUCAAUCGUUAAUAUCGACUUUGAUAGAAACCGGGGCAUGGAUUUGUUGGUUCGGUUUCUCCAACCUAUGACCAAGCAGAGCGUCCAACAGCGCAGGGAUUGGUGGGGAAAUUCUAAACGUCUUCAGCCUGGUGGCCUUGUCUGCAUGCUUUCUGGAAAGGGCUCCGUGUUAUUCUGCGUGGUUGGCGAUAGCACCAUCAUAGCAAGCGACCAGAAAAGUACCAGAAAGGCAGAAGAGGACGAGGAGCCUGCACAGAAGUUAUCUCUGGCUGAUAAUGACCGAUGGGCUUAUGCUCACCUACACCUUGUUGAGGCCCGCCCAAAUGAUAUCGGCCAAGCACUUCGAUGGUAUAAGAAUAUUGGUAUCGAGCAGCAACUAUGUCUUGUGGAGUUCCCUCGUGUCCUCCUCCCUUCGUUCCAGCAUACACUUAUAGCGCUUCAGCGCAUGUCAAAAAAGUCCGAUGUUCCUUUUGACGAACUCCUUGCUCCAGCCAAGGAGGAACUAGAUUUGGGAAUCAAGGAUGUCGGACCUCCCCAGUAUACUACGAAGGCAAAAUUCUCCUUCGACCUGACAUGUCUUACGAAUGAUAGUACAACUCUCCGUCAUUCACCCCAGAAGCCGCUCGAACCGCAAGAGUUGGCAAGUCAUUCAUUGCUUGAUACAACUCAGUCAAGUGCUCUUCUGAACACAUUGAGUAGAAAACUGGCUUUGAUCCAAGGUCCACCAGGUACUGGAAAAAGCUUCACCGGCGAAAAGAUAAUAAAGGUUUUGCUUGCAAAUAAACGUCAGGCUGAUCUCGGUCCUAUUCUCUGCGUAUGUUAUACGAACCACGCCCUGGAUCAGUUGCUGCUUCACCUGAAGAAAGAUAAAGUCAAAAUUAUUCGAAUCGGGUCAGGAUCGAAAUCAGAAGAGUUAGAGGGCCUCAAUCUUCGUGUUGUGGCUCAAGCCGCAGAUCGGACCAAGGCUGAAAAGGGUAGAAUAUGGGAUCUAAGGUCAGAACGCAAUGACCAUGUUGACACGAUAGCACGGCUGGUCAAUGAACUUGCUGUUUGCCAAACCCCAGUUUCUAUUCGGAACCAUCUUUCUUUACAUAAUAGCAGCCACCACAACGCUCUAUUCGGGAUCGAGGAUGAAGAGGGAUGGCAGCAGCAACAGCAUCGAAAACCUGGCCAACUUUUAAGCACAUGGAGAAAUAGCGGCCCCCGGGAAGCCCGUCCUCCUCGCGACAUAACCCAGUUGAUUUACGCAGACGUUUGGAAGAUGACGCACUCUGAAAGGACGUGCCUCUACAAUCAUUGGCUGCGAGAAAUGCGCGAUCCGCUCAUAACUGAGAUCAUAAAUAAGUACAAGAGUUAUGAAGCUACUACAGACGAGCUGGAAAAGGUGUCUCGCGACGUCGACCUUCGAUGCCUCCACGAGUCAGAUGUGGUUGGUGUUACAACUACUGGUUUAGCAAAAAACCUUCGCCUCCUUCAAAAGUUAAGAUGCAAAGUCAUGCUCUGCGAGGAGGCCGGGGAGGUUCUCGAGGCGCAUACUCUUACUGCCUUCCUACCCUCUGUUGAGCAAGCUAUUCUUAUCGGCGACCACCAACAAUUAAGACCCCAGAUUGUAAACUACGAACUCCAGAGCACGAGCCCAAGAGGCGCUCAAUAUUCCCUUGAUGUGUCUCUGUUUGAGCGUUUAAUUCAACCGCCACACGACACAGACCCAAGGUUACCAUAUGAUACGCUAGAGACUCAGAGACGAAUGCACCCUAGCGUCUCAGAGUUGAUUCGAUCGACACUAUACCCUCAGCUUGAGGAUGGCGGUAAGGUAGCUGAUUACCCAAAGAUAUAUGGGAUGAAAAAGCGCCUAUUUUGGAUGCAUCACGAGUCGCCCGAGGACCGAGAAGUCCAGCUUGAUCCAACGACAACUUCACAUACGAAUACCUUCGAAGUCGAUAUGACUAUAGCACUUGUCCAGCAUUUGGUAAGACAAGGAUCUUACGGCUCAGACGACAUCGCUGUCAUCACACCUUAUCUAGGGCAACUCAAUCAACUUCGGCGGGAGAUGAGCAGAUUAUUUGAGAUUUCUGUUGGCGAGCGAGAUCUAGAAGAGCUAGAAGCUCUCGACUCUGAUCAAUUAACAGCUGGGAAUGUGUCAUCCCAACCGCAUAAGCCCACCGUGGUUAAGAAAACCCUCCUGAAAAGCAUUCGAUUAGCAACCGUCGAUAACUUCCAGGGCGAAGAAGCGAAAGUCGUCGUAAUUUCGCUCGUGAGGAGCAACUCCGCGAACAAAUGCGGAUUCUUGAGCACACCUAAUCGUAUCAACGUGCUGUUAUCUCGUGCUCAGCAUGGGAUGUAUCUGAUCGGCAAUGCGAACACCUACAGACAUGUGCAUAUGUGGGCAAAGGUUUUGGAAAUCCUCGGUGCGAAGGGGAACUUGGGAACUCAGCUGGAACUACACUGUCCACGACAUCCAAACCCCGAUACACCCCUCCUAGUAUCAAAGGCUGACGAUUUCUUGCGAGUUGCGCCUGAAGGAGGAUGUAUACUCCAGUGCGACAAACGCCUGCCGUGCGGACAUUCGUGCAUCAAUAGAUGCCAUCAUGAGAACUUACACAACGCUGUCAAAUGCUUAGAGCCUUGCCCCAGACCCAAAAAGGGAUGUCAGCAUACUUGCAAGUUAGUUUGCGGAGAACCUUGCAAGCCUAAAUGCGACGAACAUCUGAAAAACAUCAACAUUACUCUUGCUUGUGGCCACAGGAUUUCUACAGCUUUAUGUUGGCAAGCACAGGAUCCCUCUUCUAUAGUUUGCAAGCAAAUGGUCUCGAAGGUCGUGCCCGGUUGUGGGCAUACCGUUGAAGUGCCUUGUCAUACAGAUGUCAGCGUGGACACUUACAAGUGCAGAAAAUCAUGUCUCGACCCUCGACCAUGUGGCCAUGACUGCCAAAGUUCAUGCUACGAAUGCAAGCAAAGGAAAGAUGGCAAAAUUAUCAGCACAGUCCACCCUUUCUGCAAGCAAGUUUGUGGUCGUGCAUAUACAACGUGCCGUCACACGUGCCGAGAGCCAUGCCAUGGCAAAGCUGAGUGUCCACCAUGUCUAGCAUCGUGCGAAGUUCGAUGCAGUCACUCUAAGUGUAGCAAGAAAUGCUACGAGCCUUGUGUGCCAUGCGCCGAGCAGACAUGCGCGUCGCAAUGCCCUCACGCACGAUGCACGAUGCCAUGUGCAGCACCUUGUGAUUGGGUGCCUUGCUCAAGGAGAUGCGAAGAGAUUUUGAGUUGCGGGCAUCAAUGUCCAUCCAUAUGCGGAGAGACGUGUCCUAGCGAGAAAUUCUGCCAGACUUGCUGCUCCGAGGAGAUAAAGUCGGUUGUGGUGGACUUCAUCAUGGGUAUGCAAUACCAUGAAAUCGACUUAAACGAAGAUCCCUGCAUCUUCCCGGACUGUGGCCAUUUCGUUACGAAGACUAACAUGGACGGUAUUAUGGAUAUGAAGGUCCAUUACGAAAUAUCAGCCGAGGAUAACCCAACCGCUGUCCUCAACACUUUGCAGCCAUUCUCCAUGGAUGAGGUAAAGCCUAAGGUCUGUCCGAAUUGUCGUGGAUCUCUACGCAAUAUCUCCCGAUAUGGAAGGAUCGUCCGAAGAGCUAUGCUCGAUGAAGCUACAAAGAAGUUUGUUAUCUGGUCUCAAGCUGAGUAUAGCAAGCUUGCAGAACUUCUACUCGACAUACAGGGGCACAUCGUAGAGGCCUCACCACCUCCCCGGACUCUGCAGAAAGAUGACCGCUCCAAAAGGAAAAUCCUACCGGCUGGUCGUGCAAUCCAGAUAAACCUCAUCCGCGAGUGGGUUGGCGGCUCUAGGUACGAUGAAGCAUUGAAACUAUGGCAGCGAAUCAGUAGUUUCCUUGGGCAAGUGAGAAGAGAAGAGCAACCUUUCCAGCGCGUCAACGACUUUGUCCAGCACGCAACGCGGUUGCGAAAAACACAGGGAAUAUUUGCCUUCGACGAGGCGACGAUCCAAAAUAAAGGGUACUUACAAGCGUGCACGCUCUCCCUGAAAUGCGAUAUCAUCAUCGUCACAGACUUCAUGGUGCAGCGAAAAUCUCUGCUCGAGUCUCGGCCGAAGCUUAAUUUGGACUUCGCACAACAUAUGAAGGAAUGCGAGACCCUGGCAGAGCGUGCUCAAGUUACAGGGCAUCCGAGACAAGAAACCGAAGCCCACAUAUAUUUCGCACGGUUUUGCGCCUUCAGCAGAGCGUUGGCCCCGACUGAGAAAUCGGAGGGCGAGUCUAACACCAAUGCGGCAAACGAAGAGAAACUCAAAGAGCAGGGUAAAGAACACCUAGUUGCCGCUCGCAAACUAGUUACAAAAUAUGGCGAGCAGACCAAAGGGUUGAUGGCGGAGAUCGAGACAGCAGAAAAGAUGCUGCGUGAUAGCGUGUUCUACGACCCUGUUUCUACGGACGAGUUGCGGGAGGUGUACCGUGCCAUGGCGGCCGAGUUCUCCGGAACAGGACACUGGUACUUAUGUGCGAAUGACCAUCCAUUCACGAUCGGCGAGUGCGGGAUGCCGAUGCAGAGGGCGCUCUGUCCGGAGUGCGGUGCGCCUGUCGGCGGUGCCAAUCACGCCCCUGAUGCGGGCGUGCAGCGCGCAGAUGAGAUCGAGAACCUUGCUCGUGGUCUUGGGGGAAUGGGAAUUAAUUAAGCUGGAUAUCAGGGCUUGGGUGCCGCGUUUGUAUUGCGAUGUUCUCGAUGGAUGAAUAGGAAAAAGUCACAUCUGACCACCACGCCGUAUGGCCAUCGCGUGAUCCUAUAGCAUGGUCGCUUUUACAUAGCAUUGAUUUAGGUGUAGGCGUCUUAUUAAAUAAAUUGCGUUCUGUCUUUCGCGGGAAAUCACUGCCAUUUGAAAUAAUAUUUGUCCGUAUGAAGUCGGUCCAACACAAGUCACGUACAAGCCCAUCAUCAGUCGAACUAAUCAGAUUUUCGUAA